GACGUCUAUAAUAGGCGGUGUUUGUAGUCGAACCGGAAGUGCUCGGUCUCUAUCGCUAUUACGGGAGGUAACUAAGAUGGUGCUGGAAAAAAAGGGCUCGGCUCGGGUCGAGACGGCGGGCCAGCGGCGGGUUCUUGACGACGGCACCCGUCAGAGAAGGCUGAGCAGGCAGCUCGAGGCUUUGGAGAAAGACAACUUCCAGGACGACCCUCUGAGCUCGCUCCCCCCGCCCGGUCCGACUGCCCGUCUCCCCGCCUUCAGUGAAACGGAGGAACCUGAGAAAAAGAAGAGGAAGACACGGGGCGACCACUUCAAGUUGCGCUUCAGGAAAAACUUCACGGCGCUUCUGGAGGAGGAGAACUUAGCGGACAAGCCGGAGCCCAACUACCUUUCGGCGCUGGUUCCGCCGUCCUCGCUCCCGCCGCGCCAUUUUUGCUGCGUGUGCGGCUUUCCGUCCAACUACACGUGCACGACAUGCGGGGGGCGCUACUGCUCCGGCAAGUGUUUGGUGACGCACCGAGAGACCAGGUGUCUCAAGUGGACGCUGUGACGGACGCUGCCUCGUUGCCAUGGGAAUACAUAUUACAGUUUGCAGGAGACAACCCCAAGAACAAAGACAUCUAUGGCGUUUCAUACUAGCUAGCGGACUUUGUAGAGAUGAAAUUACAUGGUUUAGUUGAACAUUUUAUGUUUGUUUUGUUGUAAGUCGGUUUUACAAUGAAAUUCAACUGGGAGUUACAAAUACAGCAAGAAGCAAGCACGCUGUGCCUCUUUUUUGGCUGCAUGAGAGUGAAAACAGGCACCGAAGAAUACUUCCAAAGUGUGUUUUUAAUAACUUUAAGUGUUUAAAGUGUGUGGGAGCAAUAACACUUUUAAAGUUAUGUUUUAUAUAGCUGAGGUCUGUGUCUAUAUACUGUAUAUUAUGAGCAGAAAUUCAUGUUAUGUGUUAUAUGUUUGGCAACACAGUGAAGCAAGUGUAGUACAUCUGCCUCACUCAUCAAAAAUAUCUGAAUUCGAAACUUCAGCAUGGACCUUUAUGUGCAUUUUCUUCGCCUCCCCCCACAUUCCAUCAUCAUGCAUGUUACCUUCAUUAAAGACAAUUGUUAUCCAUCUACUGUGAA